AAGGAAAACGGCACAUGUGAUCCUUCCGAUACGUCUCACUGACCGCAAGAUGGACAGACACGUCAACAUGUUGUACUUGCCAGAUCCGCGAGAUGACAACGUUCGACACUUUGUAUGGACAAAAAACUUGUCCCGACUUGUGAGCUCGCAACUAAGCAAACAUGAUCAUAAGAAGUAUAUCUGCAGCCGAUGCUUGCACUAUUUUAGUUCGAGCGAAAAGUUGCAGGUCCAUACUAUAUAUUGUGGAGAAAUGAACGACUGCGCCAUCCUGAUGCCUAGCGAGGACGACAAAUGGCUCAGUUUUUGCAACCACAACAGGAAAGAGCGUCUACCGUUUGUCGUGUACGUCAAUCUGGAGUGCAUCUUACAGAAAACUACAAGCGAGGAGGGAGAGGAUCACAAAUCGCACGCGUAUCAUCAUCAGCAUAG